CACAUCCUCCGGCUGCCCGCGCACCUCUCCACGCCGUCCGGGUUCCGCCGCUUGCCCUCGGCUGCGCUCGGCUCCAGCGGCCGCUCGGCCCCGAGCCACUCCGCCCCCUCCCCGCCGGCCGGACAGGGAGGAGCCAAUGGCUGGACCUGCCAUCCACACCGCCCCCAUGCUGUUCCUCAUCCUCCUGUUGCCCUUGGAGCUGAGCCUGGCAGGCGCCCUUGCACCUGGGACCCCUGCUCGGAACCUCCCUGAGAAUCACAUCGACCUCCCAGGCCCAGCGCUGUGGACACCUCAGGCCAGCCACCACCGCCGGCGGGGCCCAGGCAAGAAGGAAUGGGGCCCAGGCCUGCCCGGCCACGCCCAGGAUGGGGCUGUGGUCACUGCCACCAGGCAGGCCUCCAGGCUGCCAGAGGCGGAAGGGCCGCUGCCUGAGCAGAGUCCUGCAGGCCUGCUGCAGGACAAGGACCUGCUUCUGGGGUUGGCAGUGCCCUACCCUGAGAAGGAGAACCGACCUCCAGGUUGGGAGAGGGCCAGGAAACGCAGCAGGGAGCACAAGAGACGCAGGGACAGGCUGAGGCUGCACCGAGGCCGAGCCUUGGUCCGAGGUCCCAGCUCCCUGAUGAAGAAGGCGGAGCUCUCUGAAGCCCAGGCACUGGACGCAGCUGUGGAGGAAUCCUCCACCAGCCUGGCCCCCACCAUGUUCUUCCUCACCACCUUUGAGGCAGCACCUGCCACAGAAGAGUCCCUGAUCCUGCCUAUCACCUCCCUACAGCCCCAGCAGGCACAGCCCAGGCCUGAUGGGGAGGUGAUGCCCACGCUGGACAUGGCCUUGUUCGACUGGACCGAUUAUGAAGACUUAAAACCUGAUGGCUGGCCCUCUGCAAAGAAGAAAGAGAAACACCGGGGUAGACUCUCCAGUGAUGGUAACGAAACAUCACCAGCCGAAGGGGAACCAUGCGACCAUCACCAAGACUGCCUGCCAGGGACUUGCUGCGACCUGCGGGAGCAUCUCUGCACACCCCACAACCGAGGCCUCAACAACAAAUGCUUCGAUGACUGCAUGUGUGUGGAAGGGCUGCGCUGCUAUGCCAAAUUCCACCGGAACCGCAGGGUUACACGGAGGAAAGGGCGCUGCGUGGAGCCCGAGACGGCCAACGGCGACCAGGGAUCCUUCAUCAACGUCUAGCGGCCCCGCGAGACUGGGGACUGAGCCCGGGAGGUUUGCACAAGCCGGGCGAUUUGUCUAUAACUAGCAGUGGGAGAUCAAGUGGGGGAACAGAUGGCUGAGGCUGCAGGCUCAGGCCCAGUACACUCGACCCCAGGAGGGGAGCCGCUCGACGAAUGAGCUGGGUGGGUCCCCAGGAGCCGGUCCGCAGUACCUGCACACCCACAGCCCUGUCCCACGCAGCCUCCAUCCCGCGUGUCUUGCUCUCCGCGAUGGCAAUGCCGAGAGUGCCCUCUACUGUCCGACUCCAGCACUGCAACAGCUUCAAGUUCAAAACCAAGAGGCGUUUUUGAGAGUGGAAAAGAAAUGUAAACUUCCCGAAAGAAAGUCCACCGGCAGGAGAUGAAUAUGGAUACCAGGCACUGUGCUAAGUGCUGGAAUACAUUAUCUCACUGAAUUAUCACAACGACCUUUUCAAGUAGGCAUUAUCACCAUGUGACAGGUUGAGGACCCUGAGGCACGCUGGAGUUUUUAACCUGACUUGCCAGGGUCAAUGCUCCUCAAACCUGAACAUGCUAAGAGUCACCUGGAGGUCCAGUUAAAAAUGUACAUCUGGCUGGGCGCGGCGGCUCACGCUUGUAAUCCCAGCACUUUGGGAGGCCAAGGCAAGUGGAUCACCUGAGGUCAGGAGUUCCAGACCAACCAGGCCAACAUGGGGAAACUCUGUCUCUAUUUAAAAUACAAAAGUUAGGCCAGGCGCGGUGGCACAAGCCUAUCAUCCCAGCUACUUGGAGGCUGAGGCACCAGAAUCGCUUGAACUUGGGAGGCAGAGGUUGCAGUGAGCAGAGAUCGUGCCACUGCACUCCAGCUUGGGGGACAAGAGUGAAACUCCAUCUCAAAAAAAA